AUGAGCGAGGAUUGCGCAAACCCUCUCCUUCUGGGGUGGAUCAAGGAAUGGCUCGACCAGGCUCGUGAGCGGAACAGCAAGGGCGCGACUGUGUACAAAAAGGCCUACGAGUCGAUGAAAGCAUGUCCACUGAAGUUUGAUCACCCAUCUCAAGCGCAGCAGCUGAACGGACUGGGUCCGAAGCUAUGUGAUCGUCUAACGGAAAAGCUCAAGGCUUGGUGCCAGGAGAAUGGGGAAACAAUGCCGGAACCCCCUGGCCAAGCCAACAAGAGAACAUCCGACCCCGAUGUUGCCAAUGAGCCAGCUAAAAAGCCCCGAAAAGCUAAGCCUUACGUGCCAGCUUUGCGAUCCGGGCCAUAUGCACUGCUCCUGGGCCUGGGUACGCUGGGGGAAAAUGCAACGCAUGGAUUGACAAAAGCCCAAUUGAUAGAGGUGGCACAGCCUUACUGCGACAGCUCCUUCACGGCCCCCCCAGACCCGACUAAAUUCUACACUGCGUGGAAUUCCAUGAAGACCUUGAUGCAGAAAGACUUGGUCUAUGAGCAUGGGCGUCCUCUCAGAAAAUACAUUCUAUCAGAGGAUGGAUGGGAAGUUGCCAAACGCAUCCAAAAGACCCUGCCUGGAUCCUCCGAGAACUUGUUGUCCUUUGCCGGAAACCAAGCUUCCACCUCACAGCAAAGCGCAGCUCAAAAUGACGACGAAGAGGAAUCCGAGACCUCACAUCCUUUAGGCUGGGCAGCCAGCACAGAAGGUCCUACCGAGCCCAUCGCUCUACCUCCGGGUAGCUUUACGGUCCAGUUAAUCCUGGAUACUCGAGAAGUGCGCACUUCCACGGAUCGAGACUAUAUCGCGAACGAACUUAUGAAACAAGGCAUCACACCCCAAGUACGUGCCUUAGAGCUUGGAGAUGCCAUGUGGGUCGCGAAAUGUCGGGAUCCGGCAUUUUUGUCGCGAUAUGGUGAGGAAGGGGAUGAAGUCAUGCUCGAUUGGAUCCUCGAACGAAAGCGUCUGGAUGAUCUGAUUGGAUCUAUCAAGGAUGGUCGAUUCCACGAACAGAAGUUUCGCCUGCGUCGCUCAGGCAUAAAAAACGUCAUCUAUCUUAUUGAAGAGUUCUCGAUUACACAUCCGGAGGCCGGUAGUGGGCCGAAGUACCACGACAUGGUUGCCUCUGCUAUUGCCUCGACGCAGGUUGUCAAUGGUUACUUUAUCAAGAAGACGCGCAAUCUGGAUGAUUCCAUCCGCUACCUUGCCCGGAUGACCCUCCUUUUACGGAAGAUGUAUGGUGCACAAGACGCCCCUUCAAGCGAAGCGCCCGGUGCAAGCGGAGUGACACCGACAAAAGUUUCCUUCAUCCCGAGCCGGAUUCUCUCAUCUACACAUUCCUACUUGACUCUUCUGGACGAACUCCGUACCAAAGACCCGUCUCUUACAUAUGGCGUCACCUUUUCGACCUUCUCCGCUCUCACCUCGAAAUCCGAUGUGCUGUCGCUUCGUGAUAUCUUCCUGAAGAUGCUCAUGUGCACUCGUGGUGUUAGUGGUGAAAAGGCACUCGAGAUUCAGCGGCGAUGGCAAACACCUCGCAAGUUUAUCGAGUCCUACGAGGCUCUACAGCCCCAGGAAAGGGAAACAAUGGUCUCAAGCCAAUUGCAGUCUUUGGUAGGAAGAAAGAAGAUUCAAAAAGCUCAGAGCAAGCGGAUUGCUGAAAUCUGGGGGAAAGGAGGAUGA